AUGUAUGCAAGAUCCACAACAGGCCUCAUUUCUGACCGCAUCAAGGUGUUCAUGACCAGACAAGAUCUGGCAUGCGUCCAUGAGCCGUUCGGCGACGCCUUCUACUAUGGCCCGGAGCGUCUGAGCUCCAGAUUCGAGAUUGAUGAGACCACUCGUAAUGAAAGUGGCUUCUCGGAUUCCACCUACCAGACUAUCUUCGACCGCUUAGAGCGUGAGGGCGAGGAUGGCAAACGAGUCUUUAUCAAAGACAUUACUUACUACUUAGUGCCACCCGAGGGUAUCCCACCCCAGAUUGCCCCCUCGGUCUCCUUCAAGAGACGCGGCAUUGGGACAUCCCGCCCUUCCACGCCCGGGUCGAACGGGGCCAGCACCAACGGUACUAAUGGCACUAACGGCCAUUCCAAUGGAACACCACCCCGCUCACCCCCCUUCCCGUAUUACCACAUGGAGCCCGACAACCCGACUGUGGUGCCCCUGCAUCUUCUGGAGCAGUUCCAGUGGGCCUUCCUGAUCCGUGACCCGCACUCAAGCAUCCCAUCGUACUACAGAUGCACCAUCCCCCCUCUCCAAGAGAUGACGGGCUUCAAUGACUUCUACCCGAACGAAGCGGGUUACAUUGAGCUUCGUAAGAUGUUCGACUUUCUCCGCGCUUCCGGCCAGGUCGGACCGAAGUUGGCAGGCCAGGACAAGGAGGUCAACGGCAUUGGUGGCGCGGUCAAGCCCAAGGCCAACAACAUUGACAUCUGCCUCGUGGACGCCGACGACCUCCUGGACAACCCUGAGGCUGUGGUCAAGGGCUUCUGUGAAGCCGUUGGUCUCGACUACUCGCCCCGCAUGCUCAACUGGGACAACGAAGAGGACCAGCGCCGUGCUGAGCAAGCGUUUGAGAAGUGGAGAGGCUUCCAUGAGGAUGCUCUCGAAUCCAAGGACUUGAAGCCCAGGAAGCACAAGAAACACGCGAAGACCGAAGAACAAUGGGACGCCGAAUGGAAGGAAAAAUAUGGCGAGGAGGCCGCCAAAAUGAUCCGACAGACGGUCGAUGAGAACAUGGAGCAUUACCAUUAUCUGAAGCAAUUCGCUCUCAAGGUCUGA